AAAAGAAAAAGGACCCAACGAAAGAACACGGCAAACAGACGAAAAACAGAGAUGGGUUUUCAAGAGUUGCAGAAACCCAAAACUCCCACCCAAGAACUUGUGCUACAGAUCCCAGGAUGCAAAGUUCAUCUGAUGGGAGAAGGAGAAGCCCUUGAACUGGCUCAAGGGCACUUCACAAUCAUGAGGGUCAUGGAGCAGAACGUGGCACUAGCAACAGUCAUAAAAGUCGGAGGCAGUUUUCAGUGGCCCUUGACAAAGGACGAGCCAGUGGUGAAGGUGGAUGAUCUUCACUAUCUCUUCUCUCUGCCUGUGAAAGACGGUGGUGAGCCUCUGAGCUAUGGUGUGACCUUUCCGGAACAGUGUUAUGGGAUCAUGAGGAUGCUGGAUUCUUUUCUGAAGGAUCAUUGUUGCUUUUCUUGGUUGGAAAGGAGCAAUAAGAGUGACCUUGAUUGGGAGGAUUUUGCCCCAAGGGUUAAGGAUUACAACCACUUUCUUGCCAGGGCCAUUGCAGGAGGAACUGGUCAGAUUGUUAAGGGUAUCUUCAUGUGCAGCAAUGCUUACACCAACCAGGUCCAAAAAAUAGGGGAAGCGAUCCUGAAUAGUGCUGCGGAAAAGAACAAUGCUAACAUGGUCAGACAAAGUAUGAACAAGAGGAAUGAUGCCACAAAGAACAGUGGAAUGAACGAAAACCUCAAACGUGUUAGAGAGCUGACAAACAUGACAGAAAACUUAACCAAAUCUUUGCUUGAUGGUGUUGCAACAAUGAGUGGAUCAGUGAUGACUCGUGUGCUUAAAUCCCAACCAGGACAGGCAUUCCUAAAGAUGCUCCCUAGAGAGGUGCCAUUGGCUUCCCUUGAUUCAGUCAAAAGAGUUUUUGAAGCAGCUGAAGCUGCUGAAAAACAAACCUUUUCUGCCACCUCCAAAGCUGCAACCAGAAUGGUUUCAAACCGGUUUGGGGAAGAAGCAGGAGAGGCUACUGAGCAUGUGUUGGCAAGUGCAGGACAUGCUGUUAACACUGUUAGGAAUGUCUCUGUGAUUCGGAAAGCCAUCAUUCCAGCCACUUCUUCAAAUGCUGCUGGAGCACUCAAAAAUUUUGCCAGGAAAAGAAAGGCUUCAUUAUAAAAUCUAACCAUGUUGCUUUCUGUUUCACAGAUGAAUUGAAAAGCCAAACAUAACUAUAUAUAUCUAUAAUCUUUUUUUAGUUGUUUUAUGAAUAUACUUGUUAUAAUAGGCACAGAAGAACCAAACUAUGUGAAGUGAAGUGUUUACAUGAAAAAACAACCAAUGUAAGUAAGAGAGCAUCAUAUAUAGUAAAAUCAUUCUAAA